GGUGUGACGUCUGGAGAACGGCGUGGGGGUGUAUAUUUCCCGAUUUUGUGUUCGUCUUGUAUUUGUAGUUGGAGGAAAACGGAACGCGGGAUUCUGGCUGAUGAUGACACGCACGACCGUUUUCUCUUUUGCGAUUUUUUCUAAUUCACUCUCGCUAUUCUACGACGACGCGUUUUUCAUGGCAACAACGCCGCAGUUUGGCUUGGCCGCGGGCAGGUUUAGUAUUUAGUCUAUUUCGAGCGUCGCUGUCGGCGCUCGACGCGCGCACCAACGUUGUCCCGCCGCCGUUUUCCGUGCGUGUAUGUCGCGCGCGCUCACCGUCGCUUCGCCGAACGAGACGACAAAUCCUCUCCGGCUGGUGAGGGUGCGCGCGAAUCCUUUGGAAAAACCAGUGCGCGUGUAUUCGUAGUACGUGCGCUGUACGCCGCCGCGCGCUCCUGUAUUAUUAUUAUUAUUAUUAUUAUUAUUAUUAUUAUUAUGUAGUAGUAGUAAUAGCAUAUAGUGCGGUGUCGUCCCCGUAACGAAUUAUUGUCAUCUCAGACUAUAUUUCUCAAUGCAUGCGAUAUAAAUUUAUAAUUACUAUCGUUGUCGCGUAGUACGGACGAGAAGAGUUUUUUGGAGAAAAAAAAUAGAAAGAAAAAAAUAAUAUCGAAAAAUAUCUCGCGGUCGCGGAUAAUAGCUGGUAAUUAGGCGGUACGCGGCGGCGAUGAUACCGCGGUGGUCGCGACGGUGUUCGGUUCGUCGUCGUUAGUGUCUCGGUCUCCGGGAAGAACUGUGUUUUUGGCCGCAAUCCGGCGACAUGGGCAACUAUUGCUCGUCAAAACAAAAGGACGGCGGAGGCGGUUCCGACGAGUAUUUACAAAAAGCACGUUACAAAAAAAAUCAAAAGAAAGCCGAUAAGUCUACCAAUGUGAUAUCCGUCGCUAAAAAAGGCAAGAAUAAUGCAGCGACGGCGGCAACAACGACUAAUAAUAAAGUGCCUGUAACAUCUAACAAUGUCAGCGGUAGCGGAGUCACAUUUAUAAUUCCCAAAAUCGAACAACCUGAAGAUUCGUUUACAACGGCUGUUGUAAGCAAGCCUUUAUAUCCCAACAACAUACCCUCCAUAGCUAUAGAUAAAGCUACAGAAAAAUGUAUUACGUUCACGUUGUCGGACGAAUUAAAACGUGUUCCGAUCGAAACAAAAAAAUUACUGCUCGGUGUGUUUGAGCCGAGCUUCAAUCAAAAGACCAACAAAAUCGUUCUUUAUAUCUGCAAAGACACUAAAGAUAAAGGAGUUUCGGACGAAAGACACUCUUUGUACGAAAACGUGAUACCGGCGAUCCGGUUAAAAUGUGCACAGAUCGGUUACGAAUUACACGUGGUAGACUUGUACAGUAAUCAGCAAGAGAUGGAUUGUGGGCAGCUAGAUGAUAUAGUUGUUAAACUGUCAGAACUGCGUCGACAGAACCGAGUUGGGUAUGUCGUGCCCAUCGUAUUCGUGGAUGACUCGUUGGGACCACCAGUUCUGCCACAUGUGAUGACCAGACAAGAUUUUGAACUGGCCCGGACCAAAAUUCCAGACGCCGGCAAAUUGAUCGAGAAAUGGUACACGUUGGACGCACAAAAAAAUCACUAUGAACUUCGGAACGAAAUGAUGUUCGAGACGACGUUUGAGACUCAGGAAGCCGACGAAAAACUAUGGCAUAAUGAAAAGGUGCAAUUACAAAUUACCCUGAUGAAAGUAUUUGAUUCUAUAUCGUUGCGAAACGGUUACAUUGAACAGGUUUUUCAACAGGAAAUCCACAACAAGAUCAUAAUAAAUUCUGAGUUGGCAAAAAGGUCUGUGUGGAUUAUGAAGAACUACGACACAGAUUUGGGUCAUAAAUGUAAAAGCACUGCGACAGAAUCUAAAAAGAGGCUUGAACAAAUUAGCAAACAGCUAAAGAUCGAACUACCGGAAACUAAUAUCAUAUUUUAUGAGGACGCUAACACGGAUGAAUUUAUCAAAAAAAUCGAAUCUGUUUUAUUAUCCAUUGUUGAAUCAGUGAUCAAAGAAAGGGAAAAACAAGAACCUGCGUAUGGCACAGACGCAUUGCUGUUGGAAGAAUUGAGAAUACAGGCAUGGUUUGGACACAAUACAUCCAAACAGGCUGUUCGCAGAGACGAAGCUAUGGAACGUGUCAAAAAAUACCUAAUGAACGUGAACGCCGGGUACCCAUUGGUAUUAUAUGGACCUCCUGGCUCGGGUAAGACCACCGUGGUAGCAUCUGUGGCUAAACACAGUCACCUGUGGAAUCAAGACGCGGCGGUAGUGGUGAGAUUUGCCAAUGCAUCUGCUUACAGUUCGUCUCUGGAACAGACUCUCAACUCGCUAGUUGUCCAGCUGAAUCUCCUAGACAGUGGAAAAUGUACUUGGUUCAAACAUAACGUACAAUCAUAUUCCGAUCAAAUAAUACGACUUUUGGGGUCGAUCGGAGCCAAACGGCCGAUAACGCUGAUCAUCGACGGCAUUGACCGGUUUAAAAAUGACGACGUGAAUUGGAUACCACAGUCAUUACCCAACAACGUUAAAUUCGUAAUAUCAGCCACCGAACCUUCAGUUCACCUGAACCGAUUGCAGCAGACCAUCAAGUCAGUCGAUUCGUUCAUUCGGAUCGCGAACAUGACUGAUGAACAGAUUGAUUCCAUGCUGUCGGCUUCAAUCAUCCGACCAAUCGGAAGUGGGGGCGGAGAAACGUUGAAAAACAAUAGUAAAACGGUCACCGCCAAAACACCGCUGGAACUUCAAGUGAAUACAAUGUGUUCAAAAAUGCGGAACUCAAAACAACCACCGUCGUCGGAGAACUGGGUGGAAACCAUUUUUGACAACGUUGAGUCAUUGCUAGGAAAAGACAAGGUAUCCACUGCGAUCAGCCAUAUUUGUUCUACCCGAUAUGGUUUACUCGAUUCAGAGGUCGUCGAACUAUUAUCAAUGGAGAAAGAAUUUCUCACCUCAGAUCAAACUACUGCCACGUCGCUGUCGUCAGCCGGUUUCUUUUGGUCGGCCUUUAACGAGCUGCUCUCGUCGUUUUUGUACUGGUUCAAAACAGAUCGAUACGCAACUAUUCGGUGGAAGAAUACCGUGAUCGCGGAAGCUGCCGCCCGGCGUUACGGUGCAACCGAUCGGCGUGUCAAAAGCAAAAUCCUAUCUUACUUCAACAGUCAGGUGACUGUGCUGAACGAUUGCUACAAGAAGAGCUUGUCAAAACGCAGAAAACUGGACGAGUGCACUCACCUGACAGACCUGUCCGAGACGAUCAAAGAUUUCUGUAAUCUGGACUGGGUGCUGGAUAAACUGAACAACGGGUCGGUGCUCCAGUUACUGGACGAACUUUCGGCGUAUGAUAUCCAAGACCCGGAAGCGUGUUUCCUCAAAGAAUUUCUGUCGUCCGUCACGCCGGCCUUGAUGCACAACGGCAACCAGUUAUACUCGCAAAUGGCGUUGUACCCGCCGGCAGCGGACCGGUACCGAGCGCUGAUGAAUGCGCCUCCGUUCCCAACCCUGAUGCCACUGGUGCCUCCACCAGAAGUCACCGAGAAGACAGCGACAUCGACGGAGAAUGCAUGGAGUUUUGAUGUAGUAAAACGAUUCAACGACGACUCGAAUUUCGUGAUCACCGUGAGUACCGAACGGAAGGAGAUCAGCGUAUGGGACGUACACAACUGUACAAGAGUUCGCACACUUAAAGGAAUCCUCCAUCCCACUGCGUUAAAAUUGAUCGACAACCAACGUUGCAUAGUGUUGUGCGAGCGGAAACUGACCGUCAUCAAUUUGGCGACCGGGAAAGUGAUCAGCAAACUCAAAGGAGUAAUGAAUCAAAACAUGCCUUAUUUCGGCUUACACAGUCCCACGAAACUCGUGGCUCUAGCAAGAAGCCGGAUGCACGUGAAUCUGAUCGACAUCGAAACCGGCACAAUCGAGGCGUAUUUCAAAGCCGGUGAAGAUAGGUUUUUAAAUUCAUUGCUGGUGUCUGGGAAUGGAAGAGUCAUGGUGUGUGGUGACGAAACACAAAAACCUUUUCCGCUCCUCGUUUGGAAUUUGACGUCCAGACAACUAAUGUACGAUCUGCGCAUACCGUUCCACGAGUUUGUUACUCGACUUGCGGCUAUCACUUAUGAGGGCCACUACGUGUGUUGCGUCGCUCAAGAAGUCGACGAGCCCGGGCCUAAUUUCAUAGUGGUGUACGAUCUACAGUCCGGCACGCUGUUCAAAAAGUGGAAGCCCGGUGUGGACUGCGUAGCACUGGAUAUAUCAUCCAAGGACGGUUGCGUGUUGAGCGGUCACGAGAACGGGCAUAUUUGUAUUUGGGACCUAACCACUGGAAAUUGCCGGUGGACGUUGAGUGGUCACGUGGCACCGGUUACUAGCCUCCGGCUUGAUCCGGCCGGAGGUACAUUCGUGUCACUAGACACUCAUACCCGAGACCGAACGAUCAAACUUUGGAACGUAGCCACUGGCCAACUUAUUUCAGAUUUCACCCCGGCCAACUCGAUAACGGCCUUUGAAAUACUACCGGGCGGUGAGUUCGUGGUCGUUGCGUCUUCUGGCACGCCGCAUCCGACUGUCCUUCAACUCCGAGGUCCACAGCGGUCCAUCACCACAGUAGAACAAAAGACGUACGGGGACGAGGCGACGCUCGAAGUGGAUUUGUCAUCGGACUUCAGGGAUGAUGCCUUGGCAUAUGCCAGUGCCGGCGCUAGAUGACAGCCGCCGUCGAAAGAUUCAACCACCGCACUAGGAGGAAAAGAAGGAGGAAUGGAAAUAGCUAGAGCAGAAGACGUGUUAUUUGACGAUGCUGGUCUUGAAAAAUUUCACAAUUUUUCGUACUUUCCCAACGACGACGAUCAUAGAUAUUUCGCGUUAUUGUUGUUGAUAAUACGAUAAUGUUGUUUUUGUUGUUGUUGUUAUUGUUGUUCUCCCACCAUACAUGCUUUACUAUACUACAUCACACACUAUUGUACCCCUUGACUGCUGUUUGUUAUUGUUAUUGUUCAAUACUGUUGUCGUUUCAAGUCUGUCGCUAACUCAAAGUAUAGAUGUGACGAACGAGUAAAAUAGUUUUUAAAAGACUCCUAUUACUACCACUACUACUAAUUACUUUUAAUUGUCAUGUCAUCCGGGUUGUUUAUGAUUUAUGGCCCACAUACCCAAUAAACAAUUUACUUCUAUUUUUUUA